AUGGAGGAGCCUUCUGAGUUAUUUAAUCCAAGAAUUACUUCAAUGGAGAAGCAGAAUGGGUUUAAAAUUGUGAAGGUGGAGGAAGACCCUAUUUGGGAUGAAGAAACUUACCUUCAAGAGAAUAGCUUUUCUGGCCAAGAGGCCUCCCGCCAACUUUUUAGGCAAUUUUGUUACCAAGAAACUCCUGGUCCUAGAGAAGCACUGAGCCGUCUCCGGGAGCUCUGUCAUCAGUGGCUCAGGCCAGAGGAACACACCAAGGAGCAGAUCCUGGAGCUGCUGGUGCUGGAGCAGUUCCUGACCAUCCUGCCUGAGAAGCUACAGGCCUGGGUGCAGGAACACCAUCCAAAGAGUGGAGAGGAGGCAGUGGCUAUGGUCGAAGAUCUGGAGCAAGAGCUUAGUGAACCAGGGAAACAGGCCUCAGAUCAGGAUUAUGGACAUUCAGAAGUGCUCUCAGAAGAUGUGGUGCAUCUGAAGGCUAAGCAGGAAUCAACAGUCGUACAGCUUCAGUCCAUGGUAACCCAGCUCAAAUGUGAAUCUUUCAGCCCCCACCAAUUUCAAGAACAAGACAGUGAAAACAAGGAGUUGGUGCCGAAGCAAGAAAUCUUAAAAGAAAUAGAAUAUUUUGAGGAUAUAUCUAGCAGACUCCAAAGAGAUGUUCCUCUGGAUUCUAAGUACAGAAAAAUUUGUAGACGUCAGAGCAAGAUAGAAAAGCAGCAGGAACACCCCACUGGAGAGAGACGUCAUAGGUGCAGUGAAUGUGGGAAAAGCUUCAGCCAGAGGUCAGGCCUCAAUGAACAUCAUCGGAGCCACACUGGAGAGAAACCUUAUCAGUGUAAGGAGUGUGGGAAAGCCUUCAGUGCCAGUAAUGGCCUCAUUCGACACAGAAGAACCCACUCAGGGGAAAAACCAUAUGAAUGUGAAGAGUGUGGGAAAGCCUUCCGCCUGAACUCAUACCUUGUUCAGCAUCAAAGGAUACACACUGGAGAGAAGCACUAUCAGUGCAAUGAGUGUGGGAAAGCCUUCAGUCAGAAUGCAGGGCUCUUCCAGCAUCUUCGAAUUCACACUGGUGAGAAACCCUAUCAGUGCAGUCAGUGCGAUAAAAGAUUUAGUAGGCGAACACUCCUUAUGAAACAUCAGAGAAGUCACACUGGAGAGAGACCAUAUGAGUGUGAUGAAUGUGGGAAAGCCUUCAGCCAUCAUUGCAACCUUAUCAGGCAUUUUAGGAUCCAUACUCUUGCUGAACUAGACUGA